AUGUCGCAAGAUACUGACAACGAAAUAUUGGGCGUCGUGUUACUCGUUCGUCACGGUGAUCGACAAGGAUUUUAUCAAGACCCUGAUACCUAUACUGCAACUGGUACGGUGAUCACUCCUCUGGGCAAUCAACAAGAGUAUAUGCUUGGUAGCUACCUACGUUCAUUAUACUUGAAUCAGUCAUCACCUUCGUACCUCCCUGGCAUGAGCACAGGGCUAUUCAAUCCAGCCCAGGUGUUCAUUCAAGCAGACUUUGGAGACGAAGGUGGAGUCAUAUAUGAUUCUUGUGUAUCAUUAACGCAGGGACUUUGGCCUCCAACACUCUCGAACAAUGUCACUCUUGCUAAUGGGACAAGAAUCACAGCUCCCCUCGGAGGGUAUCAGUAUAUACCUAUCAAUGCUGUGAAUCCCAACCUGAGUGUAACAUUGGAAGGUUUCACUAAUUGCAAUACCUUCAACACGCAUACGACAGAUUUUUAUAAUUCAUCCAUCUUUCAACAGAUGGCUGAAAAAAGCACACCUUUCUUGCACUCUCUGCCUCCUUAUCUAAAUGGAAGAUCAGUCCAGCUAGAGAAUAUGUGGAAUAUAUUCGACUUUAUGAAUGUGAAUAAUAUCCACAAUGCCACCUUUGCCGAGGCUCUCCCAUCCACAUACAUGGCGCAAGCACAAGCUUUGGCCAAUUGGCACGAGUACAACGUCUUUAGCGACCAAUCCAUUGGAGGCAUCGGGAACAUUGCCGGUACGGCUAUUCUGCCAUCGAUUCUUAGUGGAUUUGCAAACAUCAUGGAUUCUACAAAUCCUGUGCCGUUAUCGAUUACGGCCAUUUCAUACAAACCUUUCAUCUCCCUCUUUAAUAUGACAGGCGUUACUAGUGCAAACCCGAGUCUUGCAGGCAUUGUCAACUAUGCUGCUGCCGUUGCUUUGGAACUGCGUCAACCUCCUGGGGGUGGUGAACCUGUCAUCCGUUUCAACUUCAAAAAUGGGACCAGUGACGCAGCCUUCGUAACAUACAACUUCCUCAACCUCACAGGAGAUGUCCCAUUAUCUGCUUUCAUUGAUGCCGUGGCUCCUGUCGCGGUAAACACCACGGCAGAUUGGUGCAGUGUUUGUGCCAACACCCAAGACAUGCCUUGUUCUCCUCUUGCUCUUGCAACAGCACAAGGAGAAGCAGCUGCUCGACCCAAGAUCAGUCCAGCCGGAGCCGGCGUCCUUGGCGCGGGUUUAACUCUUGCAGUUGUUGUAUUAAUGGGCAUCACCCUGGUUUUCCUCGGACUGUUGACGAUUGGUAAAUUUGGGAGGCGGCGGUCAAGGCAUCCUAACGCAUUCGUGCUCAAAGACACCUCAAGUAUGUGA